AUGUCUACUGUGAUACUAGUUGUUAUGAAUGUAGAAGCAGGUGUGAUGAUUGUUACAAGGGGUGUGACGAAUGUUACAAAAGAUGUGGUCAUGAUUGCUACAGGAGGUGUGAUGGUGAUGUAUGUUUCUCAAAGUGUGAAGAUGCUAAGUGCUUUACCAUGUGUACAGCACACUUUCAACUUCGAAAAAUCUCAGGUCAAACUUGUAAAAUUAACAGAGUGUCCGAUGGAAUGGGAAUUUAACGCUGAUUUUAUAAGCUGCUAUUACUUGGCUCAAGACACACAUACUGACUAUCUAUCAGCAAACAGUACUUGCCAAACACUUGGCGGACAUAUUGCGACCAUUUCCAGUGUGAAGGAAAAUUAUUGGAUACAAACGAAGUUGAAUGCAGACUUAAUAAUGUGGCAACCAGCUUGGACCCAUUAUGAUGAUAGGUUGACGGAAAGGUAUAAAAACUUGUCUAUCGUAAAACCUAACGGUCACAGUAACGAUGAAGAUUGCACUGAAAUAUAUCCAACAGGCUUGUUGAAUAAUGUGAAUUGUAGUAAUAUUGCCCUACCUAUAUGUGAAAAAGAUGUUCAAAACACCUGCCCUCAAGAAUACUCUUGUCAAAAUUCUUCUGUAUGCUUACCCCAUCUUAAAGGCGACUACGAUUUUUGCUACAAUAAAUGUCCAGCUGGAUGCACAUGUAAAGACUUUGGAGUUAUGUGCAAUGCAAUCGAAUGGAAUCCAACAAUAAUAAUCAAACCUUCAGUUGCUUACCUAAAACUGGUCAAUAUUCUUGUGCCUGAAUCAUCUCAGCGAAUGUCCGAAGAUGGAUUAAAAGUUCUGCAUAUCAUAAUGGAUUUCCCACUACUCCAAACAGCAAACUUUUCGAACAAUGAAAUUCAAGAUAUUCUACCAGGUACAUUCCUGAAUCAGACCUUGAUGAAGGAGCUGGAUUUGUCUGGUAACGCAAUAACACAUCUAAAUCAAGGUACCUUAAAUGGUUUGACAAGUCUUCGAUCGUUGUAA